UGUCAACUUGUUGCCUGAAUAUGGUCAUAUUCUACAGAGGCAUGCUACAGUUGCUAGAAUGGUGCCAAUUUUAGUAUUUUACUUGAUGGGUGGAUAAAUUAAACCUGUAGAGAUCUGUAUUAUAUAUUUGUUAUUUUGUUGAAAUUGUAUACCUUACAGAUUUCUUUAAUAUAGCGUAAAAAUUUAUUAUGCGAAAUUAUCUAUAUACUCCUAAAGCAUACAAAGAGGAAUGCCAUAGAAAAACACCAUUGUUUUCUUUUAUUGUCUUGCUCACUGUAAAGAGAUUGCACACAUGUGCGUUUUUCAUGUAAUAAAAUAAAACACCAUUGUAAUGCUAUGGAAGAAGAUUAUUCAAAACUGCAACUUCUUUAGAAAUGUCAAUAUCAAAAAGUUCUGGGAGUGUAAUUCUCAUAGUUUUCAAAUUCUAGUCUUUGUAAAUAUUGUUGCGCAUGUUGCAAGAAACACUUUUGAUGUGAUGUUUCAUGCAUUAUGCUAUGUGAGAAACGGAGCUCGACAACAACGAUGUGCGACAAUUAUUAAUCUGCUGUGCGCAAGAGAUGAGAAAAAGAAUGAAAAUUUAUCACUUUGUAUAAUUUAAUGACUGAAGACUGAGGUUUGGAAUACAAGGAAAGCAUUCAGUGCUUGAAUGACAACUGUUUGUUAUUUACAUUGUGAUCCGGUUUGUUGAAGUUGUGUUAUACCAUGUCUUCCGAAGAACUUUCCCUUACUUGGGGGGAUCACCACAGUACCCUUGUUGGGGUAUUUGAGAAACUUUUGGAGACUAGCACACUAGUUGACUGCACUAUUGCAGCUGAGGGCCAGUAUUUAAGGGCACAUAAAGUUGUCUUAUCAGCCUGUAGUCCAUACUUUGAGUUGUUAUUUGCCCAAGAGAAUGAAAAAAAUCCAAUAGUCAUCCUUAAAGAUGUCAAAUUCCAAGAACUAAAAUCUAUGAUAGAUUUUAUAUAUCGUGGGAAAGUUAAAAUUCCAGAAGAUCGAUUGGAAGACUUUAUCGAUGCUGCAGAAUCUCUUCAAAUCAAAGGAUUGGGCGGUGGCCAGAAGCCAGAUAGUUCCGAGAAAAAAGGAAACGAAUCUCCUUCAGCUCAAAAAAGAGGUGGCCUUACAUCUCACGCCCUUCGGAAACGCCGGCGUCUGAGUACUGAUGAUGCUGAAAGCAAAUCUUCCCCAAAGAGUGAUUUGAACAGUGAGAGCAACAGUUGUGAAAGUGUGUCAGUGACCCAAGAACCGCCAGAUAUUCUCGGUUUGUCCCAGCCUGAAAUUCCUUCUCCUAUCGUAACUCUGACAACAGGGUCAGAUGUCAUAUCACCUGAAGUGCAUAUUGAGCAGAGUGAUUCGGAAACAAAUGCUUCUGCUUUGCCUGUGGAAUGUACGUUACCGUCAGCAGACACAGAGAGACUACUUGAACAUGCUGCAUCUGUGGUCAAGAGAGAACCGGAGCCGGUUGCAGAGAUAUUUCUGGAUGAUAACGAUUGCUUUGUUGAUCCAAAGAAGGAAGUGUGUGUGGAGGAGAUGGCAGAUUUGGAGAGCGAUGGGAUUUCGGCAGUGAUGGAGUAUGUUCAACAGCAGCAAAGUACUAAUCAAUAUUCUGAAGACGCGGCGAGUGAAUUUAUAGUAUUGCCGUGGAGGAUGACGCCUGAAGAAUACGAUGCAAUAGAUCAGCCAGAAUGUGACGACGGUACGUUGGUUUUGGAAACAUUGGAUGAAUCAGUUGGACACGUGGACAAGACGUUAAAUGACCAGCGAGAAGGGGAACAAACAAAUGAACUGUCUCGGUUGUUUGCAGAUGAAAUGACGAGUAGAUUUCCAGUAAGGGUACUAUUUGGGGUCAGGUCUGAAGGAGGUGAUGCAAUGGAUCGACUAGAUUUCUUGGACUCUGGAGAAGGUAAUACAUUGGAAGCAGAAAUGUUUGAAGAAUCAAGACCCUUGAAUUUAACUGAAAAUGAUCUGCGCGAAAAGGAACAAACACAAGCAUCGUCAGGUUUGUUUUCAGUGGAAAUGACCAGGUUUGCAGUGGGACAGCCAGGGUCCACCUCUGAAGUGUAUCAGCCUAUGUUAUGGAAAUCACAAGAAAGUAAUUCGCAACAGGACCCCGGCGUGGUCGAAACCGGACAAGGAAGCGAGGGACAAGUUGAAUCGAGAAUUAAAAAAUUGCAGAAAAGAUUGCCGAAAUCGAUAUUUUCAGAUUCGGAAAAUAGCGAGAGUAGUUUCGUCGAUGUGCUGUUAGCGUCCGAAUCAGAGAGCGAGAGGGAGUUGGCCGCGGCACGCCUAACUCCGUCCAAGAUGGUUUCUCCGUUUUGCAGCGUGCUGCAGCCAGACGACCAGGCGACGGGCGAUUCUAAGGAGAGAGAUUCUCAAGAUGAGCGGUAUAUUUCAGACAUCGACGAAGAUACGAGUGAGGGAAGCGCCGUGGCCUCUGAAUCAAGCGCGAACGAUUUGGAGAUGUUGCCGGAUUCUGAAGAUUCGUCCGGUAACGGCACGUGUGAAGCUGUGAAAGGAAUCUCUCCGAACGAAGUGGAUGCUGGUGCCGUAGACACAUUCAACGUCAAUCUACAAGAAACGACAAAGCGAUCUCAGUCAGAGGACGGGGAUAGGGAUCCGAAGGACUGUCCUCGCUCACUCAAUGAUGAGAGAUUCUUAUCUCCAUCACAGAUUUCUCUGGAUGAGAACCAGAUACUAUUCUGCCAGUUAUUUGCAUUACCGUCGCGUCACAAACCGCUGCAGUAUUUGGAGACAGUUGAGAGUACAAGUCCCACUCAAACUCAAGUACACGUUAGCCCUUACCACGAAACGGACUUGCCACACUCAGCCGUAUCAAUGGAGGCGAUGGAGAUAUUAGACUCAAAUGAUAAUUCUAACGACAGUGAACAAUCUACAUUAGCUGAUACUAGUUCUGAUUCUGAGGGAUUCUCGUCUUCGUCUGAUACACCCCGAGAUGAGAAUCAGAUUCGCUUCUGCCGAUUAUUAGGAUUAACUUCCUGUCCUAACAAGCGCUUGCAGAAUUUAGAGAGAGGUCUUGAUACUGACAGCAUGUCGUCUGAGUCACAGACACCUGGGCCUGAGAAUGAUGAACGCCAUUGUGAAUUAUUAGAAUUGAGAUCUCUAAACAAACCUCUGAUACAGUUGGAGACCCUGCUAACAGGAAGUACUGUACAGAACGAUAUAGACAUACGUCCGAACCGUGAAGAAAACACUCCUGAUCCAGGUACCGUAACCGUGGUAGCGAUGGGGAUAAUACAGUCGGAUGAGAACUCAAAAGACAGUGAAAAAAACAUGUCUGUUGUACAGACUAAACCUGAUGUUGAGAGAAUCUCAUCUACGUCCCCAACCCUUCGGGACGAGAGUAAGGUUCGCUUCGGCGAAUUAUUAGGAUUGAAAUCUAGUUUCAAAACCCAACAGAGUGUGCAGACACUACAAACAAGUGAUCCACAGCAAAAUCACGGAAGUCCUAACCAGGCAGCUAACAUUGCCGUCUUAGACACCGUAUCAGUACUUCAAAAGAAAAUGCUACAGUCAAAUAAGAAUUCAGAAUGUGAAAAAUCCAUGAGUCCUGUUGAGGCUAGCCCUGACGCUGAGCAGUACUCUCCUUCGCCACAGGCCUCUCAAAACGAUGACCAGAUCUGUAACGGCAAGCGUUUAGGAAUUUCUCCUUCUCCGAUAGAGUAUUGUGAACCACCAGAGAGAGAAAAGGCUCUAGAAAACCACGUAGAAACAAGUCCUAAUCCCGAAAUUCCAAUCCCGGGCAGCGCAUCCGUGGAUACAGUGAAGGUAUUGCAGACAUGUGGAAUCUCCAACAGUGAAACAAUUACAUGUGUUGUGGAGGCUAGUCCACAUACAGAGAGAUUCUCAUCUGCUUCUCAUAUAUCUCAGUGCGAGAAUCAAGUUCGCCGCUGCGAAUUUUUAGGAUUGACGUCUACCUUAAACAUACCUGUGAAAUAUUUGGAUUCGACACUAACAGCGAAUGCUUCACAUAACGGCAACAUACGUUCUCACCGCGAAGAAGACACUCCAGGUUUAGAUACCGUUGCAGAAAUAAUACAGCCAGACGAGUUCUCAGGCCGUGGAAAAUCGUGUGCUUUUCUGUCUAGUUCCGAUGCAGAGAGAAUCUCAUCUGUGAACCAGACGCCUCGGGACGAAAAUCAGAUUCGCUUUUGCCAAUUAUUAGGGUUAAUACCUUGCCGGAACAAACUCUGGCAGUAUUUGGCGACAAGUCCAGAUGCUGAGAGAUUCUCAUCUACACCACAGCCUCCUCGGAGCAAAAAUCAUAUUCAAUACUGCAAAUUAGUAGGGUUAACGAUUAGCCUGAACAAAACCCUACAGUAUUUGGAGGCACAACAACAACCAACAGAUACACAAAACCACGUAGACUUCUGUCCUAACCAGGAACCUAACAAUUUAGACCUAGGCGUGUUAUCAAUACUUGCAAUGGAAAUACUUCAGUCGAGUGACAAUUCAAAUAGUGGAAAGUCUACAGGUGUGCAGGCAAGUCUGGUUACUGAAGGGGAAUCAUUUUUGCAAGAGACACUUUCAAACGAGAAUAAGACCAGCAAUUGCGAAUUUUGGGGAUUUUCUUCUUGUCCUGGAGGGUAUUUUGAGCCACCAGAGGGACAAAGUACUACAGAAAACCUAGUAGACAAAAGUGAUUGUGAUGUUUCCACUGUCAAAUUCGCAGCCAGUAUCCAGAGAGAUCCCCUGGAGAAUAGUGGUUACCUUCACGAAGGAAUCGCAUUUAUGGGAAUAUCCCAGAAUUGCGAACAAAAUAUUGAAAUGAAAAGACACGGUAUUGCGUCUUGUGAAAAAACAAGCAGUCUACAAGAGGUUCUUUCUUCAGAUGAUAGUUCUUCGAUUGGAAGGCUACAUAUUUCAGAUGACGAAUUUUCGGAUACCGAGGAAUCUGCGUAUAAGCAGCCACCCCACUGUACGUUACAAAUAUCAGAAAGCGAUAGUGAUAAAAAACAAUCUUUGAAAUGUCUGUGCGAUUCUUUGGGAAUGAGUGGAGCAGAUGGCGAUUCAGAUCGUGUCUCUGUAGAAAAAGCCAAAGAAACACUGUCUUCAGCAUGUACGAAUAAAGAAUGUUCACGUAUAAGAGAGACAUUUGAAAAAUGUGAUUUUUGCGAAGAGAUCGCUCCCCGCGCCGCCGAGGGAGGAGGCGACGUCGCUGGCGGUCCGCCCGCUCGCCCNGGGCUGGGCGCGCUGGGGAUGGGCGUCGACAUGGGAAUGGGCCUGGCGGCGCCCGCCGAGGCCACGCACUUCCUCAGCGUCAACCUCAGCUCCAGCCUCAGCGUCAACCUGCGCUCCAGC